AUGCUGCAUGUCGAGACGAUAAACUCACAUGUUGCAGCUAAUAGUUUCACUACAAUGUUCCACGUCAAAAAUGAAACCGCAAAUGUAUUUAUUGAUUUAAAUGAAAUUAAACGAAUGGAAGUUCUACGAAAAACUAUUCUUCAUUGUCACUCAGAAAACACUCCAUGUGAUUCACAGGUGGGGCUUGAUGUCUCUGAAGACUCUUGUUUCUAUCAAAAUGAUAUCAGUCAAAUGAAAUAG